GGCCAUUGGCGGCGGGCGGCGGCGGGGCGGGGGCAGCGCCGGGAACUAUGGCGGCAGCGGCGGCCCGGGCGACGAGGCGAGGGGGGCGACGGGGCGGGAUGGACGCGUGGGCGGAGGCGGGCCGCCGUCCGGGCCGACCGUAGGGCCGCCAUGGAAGUGCCGCGGCCGCCUCCGUCGGGCAGGGAGGCGCAGUCCGGGUGGGGCGGGGCGGCGCUGCUGGGCCGGGAGCGACAGGCCCGCGAGCUCUGUCCCGGCGUGAAGAGCCAGCCGUACGUGUGCGAGACGGGCCACUGCUGCGGCGAGACCGGCUGUUGCAUCUACUACUACGAGCUCUGGUGGUUCUGGCUGCUCUGGACGGUCCUGAUCCUGUUCAGCUGUUGCUGCGCCUACCGGCACCGCCGCGCCAAGUUGCGCCUGCAGCAGCAGCAGCGGCAGCGCGAGAUCAACCUCAUUGCCUACCACGGUGCCUGCAACUACCCGCCCUCCGCGGGGGAGCUCCGGAUGCUGGCCUCCUUCAAGCUGCCGGCCUACGAGGAGGUGGCCCGGCGCCCCGCCACGCCGCCGCCCCCCUACAGCAGCAGCGCCGCCGCCGUCCUCGGGGGCUCCAGCACCUUGACGCUGAGCGGCAGCUCCGAGAACUGCACCAGUUGCUCCUGCGAGUCGAGCUGCCUGACCUCCCCCGGCAGCACCUCCUUGUCGGCUACCAGCCCCAGCGAACGGGAGGCCGAGGGCAGCUGCGGCCGCCCCGUGCGGGACGGCUGGGAGCGGGCGGCCGCUUCCCACAAGCAGGCCCUCUUCUCUUCAGACGUGGAGCUCUUCGGAAGCGACUCGCGGCGCCUCUCCGAGGGGCCCGACGCCCGAGAAGAAAGUAGCUACGCGCGGCACCGGCGCCUGACUGGGGACUCCGGGAUCGAGGUGGGCCGAGGCCAAGACGAGGAAGAGGCUGCGGGCGAGGACAGCGAGGAAGAGGAGGGUGGGCGCUUGCUUGGCAAAGGGGCGGCCUGCAGUCAGCACGGGGAGCCCUCUGAAGGGGGCGCCGAGGAACUGGCCACCUCACCAACGUUGCCUGUCUGAAGGGGGGCUUUUGUGCUCUGUUGCACCGCCCACCUGGAGACUGAGCUGCCUCUUGUUCACUGUGGAGAACUACCGCCUUAUCCUCACUUCUCUGCCCAGCCAUAUGGAUGCCUCCUUGGUCCUCUCCUGCUCUGCCGUUACCACUCCACUCCCUCCUUAGUGCUGGCUUGGGAGCCUUCUGGGGACAGGAACCCAGAGCCCUUGGCAGCAGCUAGGGCAGAGGGGAGCUACCUGCUGGAUCAUAACUAUAGUGAUAGUGUAUGUGUGGUUCCUGCUGCGCUCCAGCUUUGAUGUAAGACAUGGCGAAGGUGAAGGCGCGGCACCUCCCCAUUUCCAGGUUGCACUGGGGUUUGCUGGUUGCAUGAAGGGAUGGCUGUUGCCAACACCGGUUCUGCCCUGGGAGCGGGGAGCUGGCCUUCCCGUUGGCCAGUGUCCUACCAGCACCUGGUAGCACUGUGUGCUUCUUAUUAAACAGAUGUGGAAAAUCCUGA